ACUGUUUGAAAGACUCCAUGCUCGCGUUCGGCUUGUUAGUUGUUCCGCGGUUCCGUUCUGUAGUGAAUGACACAAACUUAAGGCAUGCGGAUGCCGGACACCGUAAAACAGUAGACGUAUUUUAAUAUUUUACCGAGUACUAGUGACUACCACAGAAUUUUAUUUAUUUUGUAUUUGUAUUCUUAUUUUAAUUUUUAAAAUUCACACUUAUUAAUAUUAGGAUGAGCCAAGAACUAGGGAAAAAUAAACGCAUGAAUAUGACUGAGGAUAAAUUACCAAAAGUUGAAAACAAAGAACUUAAUGAGACUGAAAAGGCUAUUGCAAAAAUUCGAUUAGACGAUAAACAUUUAUUAGCAAAUAAAUGGACAUUUUGGUUUUAUGAACAAAAAAGUAAAAUUUUGGAAGAAAAUCUACAGGAAGUAUUUAGUUUUGAUACUGUUGAAGAUUUUUGGUGCUUAUUUAAUCACAUUAAAAGUCCAAGUCAACUUCCGUCUCAAAGUCAUUAUAGCUAUUUUAAAUAUGGAAUUAAACCUAAUUGGGAUGAUGAAAAUAAUAUUUCUGGUGGACGUUGGUUAUUGGAGUUUUCACAAAAAAAAAAAUUCCAUCUUGUAAAUGAGUACUGGAAGAAAAUAAUAAUGAGUAUGAUUGGUGAAGUGUAUGAGAGUUUUGAAAUUAAUGGAGCUAUAAUUAGUGUACAAAACAAAGGAAUUAAACUAUCAGUAUGGACAAACAAUGCAUCUCAAGAUAAUAAGAUCAACAUUAUAGCUAUUGGAAGGAAAAUAAAAGAAGUUUUGGGCACAAAAGAUAUAAAGAUGGUUUAUGAGUGUCUUACAAGUACAGAAAAUAAACGAGGAUCGUCUACGAAACCAAUGUUUAAUAUAUAAAUUAUCAAAGUUAAAAAAGAAAUGUUUUAAAAUAUUUUGUUAAAAAUGAUGUUAAAAAUAAAAUGCAUUUAAAGUGAAAAUUAAAUAUAAUAAAAACAAAAUUUUUAUUACCAGAGGUGAAAUUAAAUUUUUUUUUUUAAAUAAAUUUUUGUUUGGUUUUUUUGUCUGAGUAGUUGAUCAGUACUUAAUUUUCUUAGUGUUCCGUCAAAAUGUAUGGUUAUAAAAAAUUUCCCGCGAGCAUAAAAAAGUUAAGAACCACUGGUCUAAACUAAGAAAUAGUAGAUAUUUAUACUUUAUUGGGGUUAAGAUUGAACCGCUUUUGCAUGUAUAGACUGUGAUAUGGAUCACUAUCUAACCCAACGGUCCUUAAUAAAAUUUUAGAAAGGGCCAAAUGUAAUUUUUGAAAAUUAAUUGCGGGCUGCAUACAUUUUUAAUGAUAAUAAUUUAAAAAUAUAAAAAUAAUAAUAUAAGAUAAAAAGUGAUGUUCAUUUUAUUCACUGUUUAUAGGAUUUAGGAUUUUAAAAUGUACAAUUUAAUUGUAGUGGGGGCCGCUGAUCUAACCUAAGCUAACGCCAUGCAUUUUAUUAUUGAUGACUAUUGUUAUUCAUCGGUGUUGAUGCAAACGCCAUGUAUACAGAAAAUUGUAUACCACAAUUGAGGCAAGUGUAGUAGGCAUGUAGUUGGGAUAUUUAUGCUUUAUAAAAAGGAGUUCUAAACAAUAUUUUGAAUGCAGUUAAGAAAAUGGUUCAAUCUAGUAGUAUUAAAGUUGGUGUAACUAUAACAUAUUAUAGAACACGGAUUUUUAUGCACUUAAGAGUAUCGAAAUAUGCCAUA